GCGAAGAGAAUAACAAAACUUAGCUGCACCAUGUCGCACACACAGGCUCAGAGCGGCCUGCUGCACGACAUGAGCCAGCUGAACGGCGCUGGCUGCGUGAGCACCCUGAUGGAGCCGGACACCUUCUCCCUGUCGAUCAUGUGCCCCAAGUCCAUGGUUGGGCGGGUGAUAGGCAAGGGCGGCGAGACCAUCAAGGCCCUGCAGCAGUACACCGGCGCCAUGAUACAGAUCGAUCAAUCGCAGGAUCCCACUCGGGUGACCAUCGUGGGAAAGCAGGGCAGCAUGCAGACUGCGGCUUCGAUGGUCAAGGACAUCGUGGAGGGCAACUUCAAGGGCUUCGCGAUGCUGCGCCAGAUGACGCUCACCCAGGCGGACAAAACGCUGCCCGGCUGGGAGAACGCAAUCAAGCCGCAGCCCGUCUACAUCCAGGGCUACGGGUUCGUGCCUCCCUCGCAGAGUUUUGGAGAAGCUACCUUCGCUCAAAAUCACCUGAGUCAGGCUGAUCCCCUGUCGCCUAUGUUCCAGCAUGGGGUCUCGGCUGCUCAGUUCAAUGCGCUGGCUGGCAAUGGCGGGCUCCUGGGCAAUGGAAACGUCCUCAAGAGUGCUGGCCUCACCUUCUCGACGCCCGUGGGAAUGAAAGCUAUCAAUGGCCUCUCACCGCUCGCUGCAGCAGGUGAUAGUGAGGAUGCCAAGAGCCCGGCGACUCGCCGCCUGUUCAACGGCAUUCCCAUCGCAGCCAAUGGAUGCAACACAGCAACCCCCAUCCCCAUGCAGCAGCAGGAGCGCACCCAGUCUCCAGGCAGCGGUGCUGCCGCUGCAGCUGCGGCCGCAUCUGCAGGGCAGGCAGCGUUGAUGUACCGCUCAGCUCCCGCCUCGCCCCACGGCAUCAACACUGGUGCUAUUGAGCGCCAGCAGCUGGGCGCCUCGGUGUUUGACUUGCGCAGCGCGCCAACAUCGCCAAGCUCUGCUGCUUUCAGCUUCAACACCAACGGCGGCUUCCAGCGAUCCAACGGGGUUGGAGCCAUUUCAAACAGCAUUUCCUCGCUGGACCUGGGCGGCAUCAACGAAGACUCUGCUCAGACCAACGGCGACAUCUUUGGGCAGCUCGGGCCACAAGACCACUUCCUGGCUGCUAGCACAGGCAUCAAAGGGAUGACAGCCGAGACCACAGCAGCGCUGCAGGCAAUCAAUGCGCGCCUGGGGCUUGACUCGUCGCUGGGCAUGUUUGGGAUGGGCGGAGGGAACCCCUCCCGCGCCGCGCAGUCCCUGGACGGCGGCCCCCGCAGCGUCUCGAUGGGUGCGCUUGGCCAACGGCACGCCUUCUUCGGCGGCUCCUUCGGUGCUGCCGCAAACACCGCUGCCUCUCAGGUGGCUGCAGCUCAGCAGCAGCAGCUGGCGAUGACUGAGGCGAUGACUCAAGCCAUGCUGGGUCAGCUGGCGGCCAGCAACCACCAGGCAGCGGCGGCUGCUCAAGAUGGCCGCGGCACCCCAACAGCAGCUGUCGCCAACGAGGAAGCUGCUGCGCGGCUGCAGGCUGCUGCGCAGGGCCUGUCAGAGAGCAGCCCGGCGUCAUCUUACGACAGCACAAGCUCGCUGUUUGCCUCGGGUGGUGCAAGCCCCAAGCUGCCGACCAACUGGGUGCAGCUGAGGGACCCAGAGGGUCGCCACUUCUUCAUGAACAUGACCAACUCCGAGACGCAGUGGGACUUCCCCAAGGCCUGA